AAAUAAUGUUUGUUAAUAGAAGUAAUCGUAGUUAUUAAAACAGGUUUCAUUAACUUCAGCGUAUCAGAUAACGCCGAUCGUAAUAAUUUUAUAAUGUAUAAAUUUUAUGGUGCAAGUGUUAAAACUAGCGUAGUGCUGAUUGUAUUGUUUACUAAGUUGUGUGGUUUGACAGAAUGUCGACGGGUUAAGAGAGUUGUUAACGGAAAUGAAGUUCGAUGCGGUACCGAACCUCGUGUGGGCUCCUUACAUAGGAGAGACACACAGGAACAUCUUUGUGGGGCAGUGGUUCUUUCUCGGAAUUUCGCCAUAACAGCAGCGCAUUGUGUACAUCUAUCUGAAGACAAUUAUGUUCUCGAGCUUAAUAAUUACUGUAUCAGAGAUGGUGAAACUAGGCCAAUGGCUAAAAUUACGCAAAUUAUAACAAAUGAUCUGUAUGAUAGGGCAUCAAAAGCGCACGACAUUGCUUUGUUGAGAAUUACACUAGAUUUGAAUGACGCGAACUCUGAAUGGCUUAAUGAAUCAGUGCUGCCGAGCUCCUCAUUUGGUGUGUCAGGUGAAUGUACUAUUUACGGCUACGGUUACAAGGAUGUUAACACAAUGAAGACAUCCGAUGUGUUGUCAUCCGGUGAAGUUAUAAUAAUUUCGCUGGACGAAUGUACACAAAAAUUGGGGCCGUUCGUAGCGCCACAACCAGACAGCGGAAUGAUGUGCGCUAUUGGUUAUGGAGUAGAUGCUUGUCAGGGUGAUUCGGGUAGUCCCUUGAUCUGCGAAGGUUUAAUACAAGGCAUCAGUAGCUACGGAAUGAGCUGCGGUGUAUCGAAUCUUCCCGGAAUAUACACCAGCAUAGGUGCUCACCUGGACUUCAUACAAAACGCAAUUCAAACACAGAACCAAAUAAAAACCAAUGCUUCUUCGAAUAUAUGAAUAAAGUUUCAGUUAAAAAAAUUCAAAUUAAAUUUUGAUAGUCAAUUUACAGAACCGACUGGGGCUAUAUAUC